AUGUGGACCCUUUCUCUCGUUUUUUGUUUGGCCAAUACUCUCAUCGGGGGAGAGGCCGGUGGUCAGCAUUCAGAACCAGUACCUGCAUUGGAACCCUUCGAAACGGCCUCCCCGCGUCCCCUAAUUCUGGCAAAACAGAAACCCAACAGCUCAAUUCGUCCGCCUCAAGUGGGCCAAAAACCUCCCAGCCCUCCCAUGUGCUCGGAGUCGGCUGGAAUCAGAGACACCUUCAAAUAUGUCCAUACCGUGGUCUCUGUUGCUGUUUUUGUUGUUGGAAUAGUGGGAAAUUCAGCCUUACUGAAGAUCAUAUACGUAAACAAAUGCAUGAGAAGUGGACCGAACAUUCUCAUUGCGAGUCUUGCUCUGGGGGACCUGAUGCACAUUGUGAUCGACAUUCCCAUCAACGCGUACAGGCUCAUAGCUGAAGAUUGGCCGUUUGGUUUGCUGCUGUGCAAACUUGUCCCCUUCAUACAGAAAACCUCGGUUGGAAUUACUGUGUUGAGCUUAUGCGCUUUGAGUGUUGACAGAUACCGAGCUGUAGUUUUCUGGAAUCGAAUCAAAGGCAUCGGGGUUCCAGUGUGGACAGCAAUAGAAAUAUCUCUGAUCUGGGUUAUUUCCAUCCUGCUGGCUGUGCCUGAAGUUGUCGGCUUUGAUAUGAUAACAAUGAACUAUAAAGACAAGCAUCUGAGAAUAUGCCUGCUUCAUCCCAUGCAAAGCACUCCGUUCAUGCAGUUUUACAAAUCGGUGAAGGACUGGUGGCUGUUUGGCUUCUACUUCUGCAUGCCUCUGGCUUGGACUGCCCUUUUCUACACACUCAUGACCAGGAAAAUGCUACGGAAUACUGAGAACACAUUAAGCGACCACACCAAGCAGAGGAGGGAAGUCGCAAAAACCGUCUUCUGCCUGGUGAUAGUCUUUGCACUUUGUUGGUUGCCUCUCUACCUGAGCAGAAUCUUGAAAUUAACCAUAUAUGACGAGAAAGACCCCGACAGGUGUCAGCUCCUGAGUGUCUUCCUUGUGAUGGACUACUUUGGCAUUAACAUGGCGUCCCUCAACUCGUGCAUCAACCCCAUUGCCCUGUACAUAGUCAGCAAGAGAUUUAAAAGUUGUUUUAAGGCAUGUCUGUGCAGUUGGUGUCUACCUCUUCAAGCUGUUACGAAUGAGCAGGUGGAGUCUGUUUUGAAGUCCAGAACGCAGGAUCAAGGCUCAGAGCAGAGCUGCAACAUCAAAGCUCACGGGCCGACUACCGGGGAACACCACGCCGGGUUAACAAAACACAGUAUUUCUAUAAAAACUCCACAUCCACGUAUCAAAGCGGCUACCCAGAACCCGCUCAGUCGGUAGCUCAGCAACCAUGACAUGCCAUCGGGAUAAUGUUAAAUACUUUGUGAAUACCACGCAGCACUGUCUUUUGUACCGCUGCCGUCAGUGGAACAUCUGGAUCGGUAUGAGCAACCUGGAG